GACAGGGAUGGGGAGACGGGCCCGUGGCUCCCCUGCUGGAUCCAUCCCUGUGCGAAAGGAGUCCAGCCAAGUCGGAGAGUUUUAGGCACAAGGGCUCGCAAACGACAGCGCACAGACAAAGAUAACAUGCUAAAACAAGCUUUUGUAGAUGACGCCGUUAUUGCGACUGUGUCUGAGGAAAUGAACUACAGCUGGAAAGGUUUUGGUGUCCGUUUAGGUGUUUCAUGGGCUAGAGUUAACCGGUUUUGUGCUGAGGAACGGCGGGACUCACAAAAAGCUAUCGUUAAUAUGAUGAAGUAUUGGAGAAACAAUGUCAAAAAUGAAACGCAUCAACUAAAAGUGUUGUGCAUUGCUUUGAGGCAGCACAAAUACAAGAGACUAGCUGGGGAAUUAUUCAGUGGUGAUCUCGGCGACGAAAUUCUGACCUUAGCCAAACAUGAAGGAUACUUGGCUGAUGUUGACUUGUUAUUCAUCGCCGAGAGACUUGGCGUGGACUGGAGAGCGUUUGGUAUCGACAUCGGUCUGAAGGAUCAUGAAAUGCAACAAAUUGAAAUGAGUUUUCCACCACCACCUAUUGUAGACGCCAUUUUAGAAAUGUUGGUCGAGUGGCGUGAAAAGCAGGAACCUCAAGAGAACUACCUCGCAAAGAUGAGUAAUGAGUUGGAAGCUUUCGGAAAACGAGACAUAAGUGAAGAACUCAACAAUUAUUACCAGGAAAAAUAUCAGUAAAAAUGAAUGGAAGUAAAAUAAUUAGAAGGGUAUGUGUAGAAUGUUGAUAUGGGUACACGUUUAAAAGAAUGAACAUGAAACUCAAUUGUGUUCAAUAAAAUAUACCUUGACAUACAGUAAACCCCAAAUAAAAGCCCUGAGAUUCUACUGUUUUGUUUUUUUGUUUGUUUUAUUUUUUUGCUAACUUUAGGUGGAUUCUUUUCUUUGCAAAGUAAAGAGGGCGGGGUGCUUCUUUAAAUGCUGUAAAUUUUAGGAACUACUAUUAUACAACAGUAAAGGGCCACUGUAACAUCACUCUGUAUCAUGGAGUGUACAAACCGGAAUUGAAUCACCUAAACUAC